AUGAGUGAAAAAACGGUCACAGGAAACAGGAAAAGAGUUAGAGAUGAACAUCCAUCACCAGCUGUAGAUGAAGAAAUUACAGAUCCAUCUUCAAAUGAAGACAAUGCUGCAUCCGAUAAUGAUUCAAAUGGUGAUGAAGAACUAGAGUCUGACGAAGAAUUUGAAAAGGAAAAUCCGGCAGAUAAAAGAAGAAGAUUGGCCAAACAAUAUUUGGAAAAUUUAAAAACCGAGGCAAAUGAGAUCAUGACAGAAAGAACAUCUGCACUUGAUGAAGAGGCCAAAGAAGUCGAUGAUUAUAAUAACUUCGAUGCAGGUGAUUUAGAUAAAGACAUCAUUGCAUCCAGACUAAAAUUAGAUGUCGCGGAGCAACAAGGUAGAAUUUAUAGAUUUAUUGCUGAUAAAUUGCUACUUCCUGAAGCAAAAUCUACUUUUACAAGAGUGGGUGAUAAAAAUUUAACUUCACUCAGUUGCUAUCAACCUGCACUGCGUACAUUUUCUAGUGAAACUUCGCAAACAAGUAAUAAAAAUAAAGGUAAGAUAUUUGCUUAUACUGUCAGUAAAGAUCUUCAGUUAACGAAGUAUGAUGUCACAGAUUUUAACCAGAGACCAAAAAAAUUAAAAUAUAUAAAAGGUGGCCCAAAGUUCAAACCAGUUGGUAAUAACCCUUACGAAAACACUACUGAGGGUCAUUAUGGUGAAAUUUUAACAGUUGCGGCAUCUCCAGAUGGGAAAUAUGUUGUUACCGGUGGUAGAGAUAAGAAGUUAAUCGUUUGGAGUACGGAAUCGUUGGUUCCUGUUAAAGUUAUUCCCACAAAAGAUCGUAGAGGAGAAGUUUUAUCACUUGCAUUUAGAAAAGGGAGUGACGAGUUGUAUGCGUCCUGUGCAGAUUACAAAAUAAGAACGUACUCUAUUAAACAGUUUUCACAACUUGAAGUCCUCUAUGGUCAUCAUGAUGUCGUUGUUGAUAUAUCUGCCUUAAGUAUGGAAAGGUGUGUUACUGUAGGUGCCCGUGAUAGAACAGCCAUGCUUUGGAAAAUACCUGAUGAAACAAGACUAACAUUCAGAGGGGGAGAUGACCCCGAAAAAUUACUGAAGAGAUGGUUAAAGGCCAAUGCGACAGAAACAGAAGAUGGAGAACUUCAAUAUCCAGAUGAAUCUCGAGCCCCAAUGUUCUUCUCUGAAGGUAGCAUUGAUGUGGUGACCAUGGUAGAUGACUCUCAUUUUGUUACGGGAUCCGACAAUGGGAAUCUAUCACUUUGGUCAUUGGCGAAAAAGAAGCCAGUAUUUACUGAAAGGGUGGCCCAUGGUCUACUUCCAAUACCGGGGAAUGAUAAAAUAUCUGGUGAAGCUAACGAAGAAAUUAGGAUAAAACAGUUACAAGAUAAUAAAAUUGUUCAACCAUAUUGGAUAACCGCCGUAUAUGCAAUCCCAUAUUCAAAUAUCUUUAUCUCUGGUUCCUAUAACGGUACUUUGAAAGUCUGGAAAAUAAAAGAAAAUGUCAGAGAGUUUGAAUUGCUUGGUGAACUACAUGGUUGUAAUGGUGUUGUUACAAAAAUUCAAGUUGUAGAAUCUGGGAAAUAUAAUAAAGAAAUGUUCCGUGUUCUAGCAUCUGUAAGCAAAGAACAUAGAUUAGGGAGAUGGAUGACAAGGGUUCCUGGCACCAGAAAUGGUAUUUACUCCGCAGUAAUUGAGCAAACUAGCUUUUGA